CAGAAGAAGAAGAGGGAGGAGAAGAAGAAGAAGAUUACAGUAGAUUACGCUGGUCCUGACAUACAAUUUGGACGUUGAGCUAACGUACCAACCUACAUUCACUAUGAAAAAAUUUCUGGAUGAUAUCAAGAAAGAUGUCAAAUUUAAAACAGCUGGACCUGGGAAGAAACUUACCGAAGACAGCAGCUCUAAACCCCACGUGGUGCAGAGCAGUUCCAAGCAGCAGCAGCACCGUUCCCGGCCCACCGAGGGGGCACAGAGAGCUGGAGCUGCAGCGCUGGCCAGAAUAGAUCAACACCAGAAGCCAAAGGGAUACACAUCGCAGGAUGUCAUUCGAAAUCAGGUCAAGCGAGAGUUGGAGGCAGAGGCAGAGGCUACAGCAGCUACUCAUGAGAGCUGUAAAGUUCCAGUCGUCGAUGCUGUCUCUCAUUCUGUUCCUGGGAUUUAUUUCACAUGCCCUCUGACUGGGUCCAUGCUAACCAAGAUCGAAAGAGAGCCUUGCAUUAAAGAAGCUAUUCUCAUGAAAUUCGCAGAGGAUCCAGUUGAAGCUUCCAUCAUGAUGAUUCACACUUUCAACAAAGACCAGGAGAAGGUCAAAGGAGCUGUGGACAUCAUCAGCAAGUACAUUGACAACAUCUGUAAGAAUCCUACAGAGGAGAAAUACAGGAAGAUCAAAGUUAGCAACAAGAUCUUUCAGGAGAGAGUUAGCUGUGUAGAGGGUUGUCUGGAGUACCUGCAGGCAUUGGGCUUUGAGAGAACCAUGCUACCAAUAGAUGGACAAGACGACGGUGAGGAGUUCCUGCGGCUGGCCGAGCAGGAUGUCAGCUCCCUGGAGCAGCUGGAGGAGAGGAGGGACCAGCUGAAGAAAGGAGAGCCAGUCAGGGCUCAACUCGACCGCCAGCCGCAGGCCUUCAGACCGUCUUCCAAUGCUACACACUUUGAUCUGCCCAUAGACUUUUAUAACCUAACACUAGAGGACCUUAAAAGAGAGCAGCAACUCAAGAGCGAGAUUGUGGAGAGGAAUGCCAUGUUACGAACAAAAGCCAUGCGUGAGAGGGAGGAGCAGAGAGAGAGAAGGAAAUACAACUAUACCCUUCUAAGAGUGCGGCUGCCAGAUGGAGUUCUUCUACAGGGUACCUUCCUGGCUCGAGAAAGGGUUGCUGCACUUUACCAGUUUGUGCGGCAGUCGCUGGUGGACGGCUGGCAGCCGUUUGAGCUGGUGGUUCCUGGUGGGCGGAAGCUGAAGGAAGAUGAGGACGUACCACUCAAUGAGUGUAAUCUGGUCCCUUCAGCUGUGGUGACUCUUUCAUGGGAUGAGGCGGUGUUGGCAGACAUUGCAAGCUGCUGGAAGACAGAGAACAUCUGUACUGAAUCCAGAUCUGCUUGGAAAACAUCCAGACCCUCAGCUGAAUGUAUUUUUGUCAGAGCUUCUCCUGACCUUUCCUCAGAAACUCAUCAGAGCCUACCCUGA